AGAACAAAUGGAAAGAAAAGAAAACUAACGGAAUUUAUUCUGUUCAAAAGUUAAAUACAUGACAGGGUUGUUUAGCGAUUAUUUUCAAUGGAGCAAGAAAGCAUGGACUCCAAACCAAUGAAGACAAAAAAGAAGAGGCAGCGCAUGAAAUCUGUGUACAGCAACAUAAGAAAUCAGAUGGAGUUCUAUUUUAGUGAUGCAAACCUGCGUAAGGACAGAUUCCUGAAAAAGGCCAUCGAUGCCACAUCAGAUGGAUAUAUCGCCCUGGAGACGUUUCUGACGUUCAACAAGAUCAAGACUCUCACAGAAGAAGUUCAUGUGCUUGCUGAGGCCAUACACAACAAGUCACAAAUGCUUCAGGUGAAUGCAGAGAAGACACAUGUGAAAAGGACUACACCUAUCCAAUGUGAUGUGAAUGUUGACGACCGCACCGUCUAUGUGGAAUGCCUGCCUCACAACGUUGAUCAUGAGUGGGUGCGUAAGGUGUUCUCGGCCUGUGGAAAGGUAGCGUAUGUGAGUCUCCCACGUUACAACAGCACUGGGGACCUCAAGGGGUUCGCCUUCAUAGAGUUUGAGACUACAGAAGGGGCUGAGAUGGCUUGCAAGGAGUUGAAUAAUCCCCCAGCUGACUUCGUCCAUCGUGUCGGCAUGUUUCCAAAGUCCAGUCAUCAACUUGAUGCUCUCAAGAAGAAACUUCCAGCUGAUCAGGUCAAAGAAACUGAAGAGAAGGCUAAGGAAUUGCUUGAAACAGGAGAGAAACUGAUUGAUGAAGAUGCAGAUAAAGUGGAAAAGAAAGAUGCAACUGAAGUAACAACUGAAUCAAACAAUGAAAAAAAGGAAGUGGACGCCACGGAGCAAGGUACAAAGUCAGCUAAAAGUAAGAGGCGAAGAACUGCAAGCGAGACAGAAUGUACAUCAAGUCCUGCCAAACGUAAAAAGUCUGCAGAAGUAUCAUUUAACUUGCCAGAGAAGGACUCUGAAGAUGAAAAUAAAACUACACCCUUGGGAAAGAAAAAAGGCAAGAAAAGAAGGAAUAGAUCUCGCGCAUCUGAAGAUAAUGAUUCCUCUAAAGACGAGAGUGGUGUAGAGAAAUCAGACACUGAAGUUCCCGCAAAGAAGGCAAGAGUUACAGAGAGCGUUGUGCAAGGUGGUGAGGAAGAAAGCAGAGUUGUUGAGAAAAGUGGCCAGGAAAAGAAGGACAGUGCAGAGAUUAAUUCCAAAAAUAAAGAGAACAAAUCUCAGAAAAAGCGUUUCAGACGAAAGCAUACAAAGGACGAUAAGGAAGUGCCUGAGUUAAGAGUGAUACCAAAGACAGAAUGGCUGAAAUUGCGUUCAGAGUAUUUGAAGCUUCAGAAGACAAGCAUGGCCAUGUUAAAAAAAUCUCUUCGAAACACACAACCAAAUGAAAUGCAAACUGAAGAUAAGUCAGCACCCAGUAAACAUAAACAUAUGGAGUUUGUAGCAGACGUGAUUGUUAAAGUGCAUUCAGAGGCCCCACUGCAUAGACAGCAACUGAAGGAAAAUCUGGGUGGGGAUGUUAAAGUUGCAUACAUCGACAUAGUGGAGGACAGUUCUGACGGCUUCAUACGCUGCAAGGAUGCGGAGUCUGCCAAAGCUAUUGCUGAUAAGAAGCUGGAGGGAUUGACAUUCACACUUGUCUCAGGUGAAGAUGAGAAGCAAUACUGGGAUAAACUGGAGGCUGAUCGAGAGUCAAAGCUGAGCAAGAAGGGUCGACAUAAGAAACGAGGGCAUCAAAAGUGGAUGGAGAAGGCCCAGAAAGCAAGCAUUGAGAACUGGGAGAGGAAGCAUGUGGUCUUUGAUGACGAGUGAGCGCGUGUCUGCAACCAAACUACUAGUAUAUGGAAAUAUGAGAGCAAAUUCAAGCCCAAAACAUAUGUAACGGUUAUUUGGGCCCAUUCUGCAAAACUCGGCUUUAUGCAUGUGCCUGAAGUGUAAACUCAUAUUAGCCUGUGCAGUCUGCACUGGCUUAUCAGGGACGACACAUUCCUCUUUUUAGCUGACCUGAGCACAACGUGAUGAUGGUGAGUUUUUGUGAUCGCUUUUUGUCCCUCAUCCGUUGUGCGUUGUGAGACGUCAACAUUUGCCUUGUUAACUCUCUAGAGGCCACAUUUAUUUCCAAUCUUCAUGAAAUUUGGUCAGAAGAUUGGUCCCAAAUAUAUCUUGGAUGAAUUCCGAAAUGGGUACGUUUGCUUGAAAAACAUGGCUGCCAAGGGGCGGGGCAUUUUUCCUUAAAUGGCUAUAUAUGGCUAUAGUAUGUACUGUACAGGAAAGUUUUGCAAUAACUUUUGAAAUAUUGAACAAAGCAACUUUAUAUUUGGCAUGCAUGUGUAUCUCAUGGAGCUGCACAUUUUGAGUGGUGAAAGGUCAAGGUCAAGGACAUCCUUCAAGGUCAAAGGUAAAAAAAUUCUGUCCCAAAACCUUACUGUACAGUAAAGUUUUGCAAUAACCUUUUAAAUAUUUAACAUAGCAACUUCAUAUUUGGCAUGCAUGUGUAUCUCAUGGAGCUGCACAUUUUGAGUGGUGAAAGGUCAAGGUCAUCCUUCAAGGUCAAAGGUCAAAAAAAAAAAAGCGGCGCAUUAGGGGGCAUUGUGUUUUUGACAAACACAUCUCUUGUUCCUUAUAUGGCUAUAUAUGGCUAUAUUAAAAUCUUGUUAACACUCUAGAGGCCACAUUUAUUGUCCAAUCUUUAUGAAACCUGGUCAGAAGAUUCAACCCAAUAAUAUCUUGGACGAGUUUGAAAAUGAUGCUGGUUUGUUGAAAAACAUGGCCGCUAGGGGGCGGGGCAUUUUUCCUAAUCAGGGGUGUGAUUUUUCCGCGGAUUUCCGCGGAUCGGGUUGUCCCGGAUGUCACUUCUGAGAUUUGCGUAAAUUCGUUUUAAAAAAUGUGGGGGAGAUGGGCUACCACCCGCGAAAUCUCUCCGCAUUUUACACUGGUAGAUUCUGCCUAAGCAUUUUUAAAACGAGCCAUAUAAUUGGCUGUCGUUUUCCAAUCUUCCAAUUAAAAUCGUGUUCUUAAAAUGCGCUCUGUGAUUUGUUUGCAAAUGGCGCCGUUGUGAAGAGAAAAUUAAGAUUAUUGAAAUAACAAAUAGCAAUCGAAUAAACGACUGACAUCACCUAGUCUGAUAGGAAUAAUGAAAUGUGUUUGUCAAAAAAAAGACUACGUUAUAUAGAUACAAGCAACACAUAUUUUGUUAAGAAAUGUGCCCACUGAAUUUGUGUCACGGAAACCAGUGUUUGCAAAUUGGAGUGUAGUCUACUCGCGAAGUAAAACAAUUUAGAGAGUAUCGUUCGAACAUGGAAAUAGACAAACAUGAUUUGAUUUUUAUAUGUCUGUGGGUCUAUGUAUAAUCAGAUUCAUAUGCAUAUUCUGCUUUAUUAUGUUUGUCACGCUGUUCAGUUAACUGAAAUAGCUUUGAACUGAGUGAAGAUGUGAAAUGCAAGAUAUUGAAAGGUGAAAAAAAUUAAAUAUAUUAAUUUAACUCAGUUAAUACAUCAUUAAAACCAGAAGAACACUCAAGUGUGUUUGUUUAUAUUUAGUCUAUUAACUGUCAUUCAAUACAUUGAAAAACUGCUGCUAUUGAUCACAAUAAAUACUUACUUAACUGUUUACUUUGCAUCCUCAGUAUGUUAAAUGUGAAGUUUAACAGGAUUUUAUAAAGAAAUAUUGUUAUGAAGUUCAAAAAGUUGUUUAUUUUAAUGUCUAUAUUUAUGUUUGUCAUUGCGUUAUGCGCACCAUUCGCGUUGUCAAAAUCAGUCAACAGAAUUUUCCUCCCCUCUGACUUUGCCUCAAUCACACCCCUGCUUAUACAUGUAUGGCUAUAGUAAAACCUUGUUAACACUCUAGAGGCCACAUUUAUUGUCCAAUCUUGAUGAAAUAUGGUCAGAAGAUUUGUCUAAAUGAUAUCUUGGAUGAGUUUGAAAAUGGUUAUGUUUGCUUGAAAAACAUGGCCGCCAAGGGGUGGGGCAUUUUUCCUUAUAUGGCUAUAGUAAAAUAUUUUUAACACUCUUAGAGGCCACAUUUAUAGUCCAAUCUUCAUGAAACUAGGUCAGAAGAUUCAUCCCAAUAAUAUCUUUGACAAAUUCAAAAAUGUUGUAAGUUGGUUGAAAAACAUGGCCGCCGCGUAAAACCUUGUUAACACUCUAGAGGUCACAUUUAUUUUCCGAUCAUCAUAAAACUUGGUCAGAAGAUUUGUCCCAAUGAUAUCUUUGAUGAGUUUGAAAAUGGUUUUGGUUGCUUUAAAAACAUGGCCACAAGGGGCGGCACUUUUUUCCUUAUAUGGCUAUAUAUGGCUAUUGUAAAACCUUGUUAACACUCUAGAUGCCACAUUUAUUAUCCAAUCUUCAUGAAAUUUGGUCAGAAGAUUGGUCUCAAUAAUAUCUUGGAUGAGUUCGAAAAUAAUUAUUAGGGCUGCAACGAAUCCAAAAAAUUUGUUCGGAUCCGAAUCCAUAUCCAAAUAUGGUUUCUUACAGUUUUUCGGAUCCGGAUCCCUCAGAUAAGAGAAGAUAAAAAAAAUUCUGUCUUAAUUAAAGAAAUCAAUGUUUAAGAAGUAUCAUUUGACUAAAAAACAUUACACAUUUAUUAACAAAAAACAUAACAAAUUUCUCAUUUUACAUUGUAGCAAUGUCAAAAUUAAACGAAACCUUAACGCUUAUUCACUUAAUAGUAUGCUCGUUAAAAUACACUUUUCACUGUUCAUACAGUUUGAGGUUUGUUUUCACAAAAAUUAACAAAUCAACAUUGCCCGUAUCCAGGUAAGCCCUAUGAGCACUGACGAGGUCUCCUGCUGUAGAGAAAUUUCUCUCACUGGGCACUGAGGUUCCUAGCAUCAAAAGAUAGCAUUUAAACUUAGUAUAUGACGAAAUAUGCUUUCAAGACAAUACAUUAUGCAGGAACACAAUUUGACAGGUCGCGAAAUUAUGCAAAAUUUACCUGAAUAACAUUCCAGCCACACUGGAUCCACUACCGUAGUUUUUAAUACAACUCAUAAAGACAAUAAGGAUUGAAAAAACUUACCUAUUGCCAUUAGUUGUUGCAUUUGUAAUGUGUAAAUCCUCCAUGAUUUCGAAUUAGUUUGCUUUCGGAGCUCAUUACGUAAUGUCCGGUCCGUCUAAAAUGCGCAUAUGACUCAUAUCCGCAGAUAUGAACGAAAAAUGUGAAUAUGAACGAAUAUAGGCAAUAUUUAUGGGUUAUUUAGGAGUUUUUUUAAUGAAAAAAUCACUGUUGCAUUACAAAUUCACAACAUGUGAUAAAUCUGUUAAGACUGCCUAAAUAUAGAGCAAUUUAACAAAAGCGAUGUUCUAACUGGUCGUUCAUAUUCGCGGAUAUGAAUUUGGAGUUACUGAAAUUAAAAUGCCAAUGAAAAACGCUUUUAAAUUCAUUCGAUCGUAAUAUUACACAUGGGCAACGUGUAUUUUUGUCACAGAACGAUUUUCAUAUAACAAAAAUAAAGAAAAAUACAUUUAAAAAGCCGUUGUCUGUUCAUAUCCUCACUUUUCAGUCAUAUCCGCAGAUAUGAUACACAUACGCAUUUUAGUCGAACCCCGUAAUGUCCAAUGACACUCUUAUGCAAUAAAAGAAGGAUCUCGAAUGAUCUGCUGUAUGACUGUCACAUGUCAAUUAACAUCUACUAUUAUACGUAUCUUUUAUCUUGUAAACAGAACCAGUCUGGUAAAAAAACAAUACUCGUGAAAGCAACGCUACGUACCAUAAAACUAUGAAAAUAAAUAUUCAAAACCGAUAUUUCCAGGGGUGGAUCCGUACCCGCGAAUCUGAAGUUGGAUCCGAUAUCAUCGGAUAUUUCGGGUACCCGUUGCAGCCCUAAUAAUAAUGUUUGCUUGAAAAAAAUGGCUUCCAAGUGGCGGGGCAAUUUUCCUUAUAUGGCUAUAGUAAUAUCUUGUUAACACUCUAGAGGCCACAUUUAUCGCCCGAUCUUCAUGAAACUUUGUCAGAAGAUUCAUCCGGAUAAUAUAUUGGACGAGUUUUAAAAUGAUGCCGGUUGGUUGAAAAACAUGGCUGCCAGGGGGCGGGGCAUUUUUCCUAAUAUGGCUAUAGUAAAACCUUGUUAACCCUCUAGAGGCCACAUUUAUUUUCCGAUCUUCAUGAAACUUGGUCAGAAGAUAUGUCCCAAUAAUAUCUUGUUAUCUCAGGUGAGCGACUCUGGGCCUUUCAGGCCCUCUUGUUUUUAUUUUUGGUGUAAAUGAAGUUUCUUCUUUGCAAAAAAUCCAGUGUACGCGAACAGUGCUGUACAUGAUUAGCCUGUGUGGACUGCACAGGCUAAUCUGGGACAACACUUGAUGCACAUGCAUGAAGCCCAGUUUUCCCAGAACAAGACUCACAUGAUUGAGGAAUUCUAUUGUUUAGAGGACAGCUAUAGAAAAAAUAAAACACUUUUACUGCAAGGGAAAAUUCGCUGUUAUUAUGCUUAACGUGUCAAAUAUAUGUUGCAAGCUCACAAUAUGGAUGAUAAAUUUUGCUGCUACAUAAACGUUGUGUAGCUGCAGAAUAAUCUGACUUCUACUGCUGCAGGUAGAAUGCAGGUAAAUAGUUCUUUUAAUGCAAAGGAAAACAUGUAUAUAUUGUGCAAAAAGACAUUGCAAAAAGAUGUUGAAGAUAUUUUCCUGUACACAGGGCAUUGUUGAAGCAAGGGGUACAUAAACAUAAUAUUGUAAAUUUUUCAUGGUCGGAUUUCUUUUUUGAGCUUGUGUUUGUCACAUUUUCUGUGGGUUGAGAAAUCAAAUCUUUUUGUAAUUGAUACGGAUUUCUCAGUUCUCAUUUAUUUGCAUUUUCAAUAAAAAUCCAACCCAGUA